AUGUUCUCAGCCUCGUCCUCGACAUAUCGGCCCCUCAAGCGCAGGCGCCGCACAGCUACUUCGGUCAUGGCCGGCGACUUUGACCCCAGACCGCGCAGGGACGUCCUGACGAGCGUACUGAACGGCGUGCCGCCCAAUCCGGAGGCAGAAAAUCUCGGCUGGGAGGAGAAGAAGAGGCCGGAGCGGGUUAUCCAGGAUAUUGCGGCUGCCUCGCCGGAGAUUGCCAAGAAGAGGCGCGGACGGCCGCCCAAGGCUCGCCCCUCAGCGCCUCACGCCCGGCUCGCCACUCCCAUCUCUGCCGUGGCGCCUGCAGCCGCCGCAAACCCCGUGAUCAGCACGCCGACGCCCGUGCGCCCUCUGGCUGGCACUCCGUUCGAUACUACCUCUUUCGGCGGGCGGACGGUCAUCCAGAUGCUCUCCCAAGGCCGUGCGAGGUCGCUCACUCCACCGCCCAUGCCAUCAUCACCACCCACCACUCCCGGGCCGUCUAUAUCAUCCAGCACAUCCCAGGUAUCCUCCAAGCGCCUCAACACUCCCGACGAUCUCGAUAUGCCGCCACCAGCACCGCCGCAGCCGAAGGAGCGUAAGCGCAGGGAGAGUGCCAGGAAGGGAUGGAAGGGCUGGGUCGAAAUAUCGGACGACGAGGAGGACACGUCUAAGCGUAUCAAGCUCGACGACCCCGUAGUCAUUCUCAAGGAGAAACGUCUACGCAGCGGCCGCGAGCUCUGA